GAAGUUGAAGCUGCCAUGAACAAAGUCAGUGGAGAGAGAGAACAACUCAGUCAGAUGAAAAUGGGCAUUGACAUAGAAAAAGAAAUACUUAUCAAUGAGAAAGAAGAAUGGAAGAAAACAUUUGAGAUAGAAAAACAAGACCUUGAAAACUUGAUGGCAGUGCUGAUUCAAGACAGAGAGGAUCUGGAUAGAAUGAAUGAGAUGUUGAAGAAAGAAAAGCUGGGAUUGGAGCAGAUGAGGUCUGAUAUCCAGAAGCAGAUUAAUAAAUUAGAACAAGAUAAAGAUGAUGAAGCACAAUUAAAGGAACCCAAGACCACAAGACUGACACAAGAACAGAAAACCAGUGAGAGUAUUGUACUGGAAGAAAGAGAAAAAGUGGAACUUUUGAAGAAGGAUCUCAACAAGAAAAAGGAAGAAGUGGAAAUUGCCAUGAACAGCAUCAGGGGAGAGAGAGAACAACUCAGUCAGAUGAAUAUGGGCAUUGAGAGACAGAAAGAACUACUUUUCAAUGAGAAAGAAGAAUGGAAGAGAACAUUUGAAAUGGAAAAACAAGACCUUGAAAACUUGAAGGCAGUGCUGAUUCAAGACAGAGAGGAUCUGGAUAGAAUGAAUGAGAUGAUGAAGAAAGAGAAAGUGGACUUGGAGUUGAUGAGGUCUGAUAUUCCAAAGGAGAUUAGUACAUUAGAACAAGAUAAAGAUGAAGAAGUAGAACUGAAGGAACCCAAGAUCACAAGACCAACACAAGAACAGCAAACCAGUGAUAGCACUGUACUGGUCGAAAGAGAAGAACUUGAACUUUUGAGAAAGGAUCUCGACAAGGAGAAGGAAGACGUCAAAGCUGCCAUGAACAUUAUCAGUAGAGAGAGAGAACAACUCAGUCAGAUGAAGAUGGGCAUUGAGGGAGAGAAAGCUUUCUCACUUUUCAGUGAGAACGAAGAAUGGAAGAGAACAUUUGAGAUGGAAAAACAAGACCUUGAAAACUUGAAGGCAGAGCUGAAACAAGAGAGACAGGAUCUAGACAGAGUUAAUGAGAUGAUGGAAAAAGAGAAACUGGACUUCGAAUUGAUGAGUUCUGACAUGCAGAAGGAAAUUGAUACAUUCGAAGAAGAUAAACAAGAAGAAGUAGAACUGAAGGAAUCCAAGAUCACAAGACUGAUACAAAAAAUGCAAACCAGUGAUAGCAUUGUACUGGCAGAAAGAGAAGAACUUGAACUUUUGAGAAAGGAUCUCGACAAGAAAAAGGAUGAAGUUGAAGCUGCCAUGAACAUCAUAAGUGGAGAGAGAGAACAACUCAGACUGUUAAAGAUGGACAUUGAGAGAGAGAAAGAAAUACUUUUCAGUGAGAAAGAAGGAUGGAAGCAAACGAUUGAGAUGGAAAAACAAGAACUUGAAAACUUGAAGGCAGCGCUGAAACAAGACAGAGAGGAUCUGUAUAAUAUGAAUGAGAUGGUGAGGAAAGAGAAACUGGACUUGGAGCUGAUGAGGUCUGACAUCCAGGAGCAAAUUAAUACAUUGGACCAAAAUAAAGAUGAUGAAGUAGAACUGAAGGAAUCCAAGACCACAAGACUGAUAAAAGAAAUGCAAAGCAGUGACAAAACUGAACUGGCAGAAAGAGAAGAGCUUGAAUUUUUGAAGAAGGAUCUCAACAAAAAGAAGGAAGAAGUUGAAGCUGCCAUGAACACAGUCAGUGGAGAGAGAGAAAAACUCAGUCAGAUUAAUAUUGGCAUUGAGAGACAGAAAGAACUACUUUUCAAUGAGAAAGAAGAAUGGAAGAGAACAUUUGAGACAGAAAAACAACAUCUUGAAAAUGUUAAAGAUCAGAUGAAACAAGAGAAAGAAGAUCUGGAUAGAGUGAAUGAGAUGAUGACAAAGAAAAAACUGGACUUGGAUCUGAUGAGGUCUGACAUCCUCAAACAAACUGACAUAUUAAUGCAAGAUAAAGAAGAUAUGAAAGAUGAGAAGGACCAAUUAGAAGUCACAAAAGCUGAGCUUCAUAAGAAAAAAGAGCAUAUAGACAGUCUGUUUGAUGAGAUAAGCAGAGAGAAAACCAACAUUGAAGCUGCCGUGAACAGCAUCAGUCGAGAGAGAGAACAACUCAGUCAGAUGAAGAUGGAUAUUGAGAAAGAGAAAGAAGACAUGACUUGUUACUCUGAGUUGUUAGAAAGAGAGAAGGAAGGUCUGACAAGUAUCCUGUCAAACAUGAGAGAGGAAAUGGAAAAAGAAUGGAAGAAAAAGUUAGAGUUGGAAAAACAAGAAAUAAAGGCAGAGCUGAAACAAGAGAGAGAGGAACUGGAGCUGAUGAGGUCUGAAAUCCAGAAGCAGAUUAAUACAUCAGAAAUAGAUAAACAAUAUGUAAAAGCAGAGAAAGAUAAGUUGAUACAAAAGAGUGAUGAAACCACUGAACAUGUCUAUCUCCUUGAUGAGAUCACCCACCCCGAGCUGAAAAUCAGAAAGGGCCAGCUUACUAAUGUAAUGAACUCCAUGGAAACAUUUAGAGACAAGCUAAAACAGUUUAAUCAAAGGACAUAUGAAGAGUUUAGAAAUAAUAUGGACAGAUUGGAGCAGAAAAACAGAGAAAUACUGCAUUUCAACACAAUACUUGAACACAAGUGUUAUGUACUUAAUGAACAGAAAAAUAAGAUUAUUAGUCACUAUGACCUGAUACAAAAAGAGGAAAAACAUGUGCUGUUAAUCAAGUGUGAUAAGGCCGUACAAACUAUGUUUGUAGGAGAAGAAUUGCUCCAAGAGUUUGAAAGUGAGAAGGAUGCUCUGCACACAAGUGUUAUGAUCGAGACUGAAGAAUUUGAACAUCAGUCGAUGUUAAAGGAAUAUACACGUGAUACUGAAAGAAAAGAUAAACACGUUGAAACUGAGAGGGAAGAUCUGCUGAUGGUGAUGGAGUAUGAAGAAGUGGAAAAUGAAAUAAAACAGAAGCUUGCAAGCAUAUCUGAGUUGACAGCAGAGCAAAAAGAUGUAACAGAUGGGAAAAUUUCAAAAAGUGAAGGUUUGCGAAAGAUGUGGAAGGAUACAAAAACCGAACGGAAGGAGAUAGAUCAGAUGAAGCGGAGGAGUCAUGAGAUGAAAAACAACCUGGAGAAAAGACUAAAGGUGAUCAGUCAGUUUGUUAAAAGAACAUGGAGACAGAGAGAAAAGGAACCAAAGCUGGAACAAGGACUAACUGGGACAAGUCAAAGUGACUGGGAGAAAGACUGCAAAACACUUGAUGAAAAACACACAGAGCUCCAACAGCUUAAGGUUCAGAUGCUCAGUGAGAUUGGGAAACUCCAGGUCAGAGACAAAGUGUUGAGGACAGUUAAAGCCAGCGACAAAGCUAAUCAAACCACAGAAGCCUCCACCGAAACAUAUCAAGAACUGAUGAAGGGUGAAGACACUGAAGCAGCUCCACACACAUGCAGUAGACUCCUCCACCAGCUCCGGCAAUGUUGCUAUCGCUGCUGCUGCCGCCCUUCCUGUGCCUGCUGUGGGGAGCUGUGCCCAGACGAAAGAUGAGACACAGGCCUUGACAUGAAGAUUCUGUCUGUUCUGGACAGCCCAUUACCAGCCUGAUGUCAAAUUUCAUGUUUCAACAGGACACAAUGUUAAGUUCUGUUUUUACUUCAGAGUGCAAAAUGUGUUUGUCUCCAAAAACGC